UUUUGUAGGUAAUCAACUAUGGUCGUAGGAAAGCUCUUUGAGGCAGCAAAGUGGACUGCCGAGACAGUCAAAGGAGCCGCCGUCGUCGUUGCUUCUCCAAAUGCUCCAAUCCCGGCCACAGACCUUCAUCCACGCAUGCCAGCCCGGCCAUGGACCGCUCAAGAAUACUUGAGAAUGUGGUCCUGGCGCCAUUGCUGGAAGUACCUCCCAAUCUUCCGUUUCUACAUUUACUCAGGAGUCAUUCUCUACGGAGUCUACAAAUUCGCCCUGCCAAUCAAGCCACGCCACAUGGUUCAAUACUCCAAAGGAAAGGAAGACCAUCACCAUCACGAAGUCGAGCACUGGUGGGGAAUUCGCCAAAAGUUGGCCGAUAAGGAAUAUUUCAAGAAGUACAACCCACUCAAGAAGGAGGGUGAGGUCGAAGUUGGACACUACUAAAUUGUUCGUUUUCUUUCCCAUCUAGCCGAAUAUCCUCUCUAAACUCUGUUUUUCAUCCUCGCUCGUUUUAUUAGUAACGGCACAUCCAAAACUAAUGUUCAUCUUCCGAUAGUUUAUAAGUUUUGGGUAUGUAAGAAUAAAAUUAUCGAACCUCU